CGUUCAAUUCCGGGGUGGUACACGAUGUCGAAGCGACAAUUGGGCCAGUUCAUAUUACGGCCACAACUUGGAAGAGCCAGCCGUCCUCCUCGACGAACAUUUACAACUGCUUCGAAUACGACUAAUAGGUUCCGUUGGGUUAACAGAGUUGCAAUUGCCACUAUUUCGUUAUCUGGUCUAGCUUACACGAUGGCGACUCAGAAACCAGUCAAAUUCGACGCUCGCACACUCGCCGAACUCGACGAAAGGACGAAACGCGAAAAAGGCGUAGACGAGAAUUCUCCGAUGCGUUUGCGCAUGGAGAAGUUCAUUCGCGAACAGCAAAAGGAGAUCGUCUUCGAGCUUGAAAAGGUAGAUGGCAUGCGCUUCCGCGAGGACACGUGGACGAGAGAGAAAGGAGGUGGCGGCGUGUCCUGUGUCCUACAGGAAGGCAACGUAUUCGAAAAGGCUGGUGUAAAUAUCAGUGUUGUCUAUGGGACGUUACCGAAACCGGCCAUCUCGAAGAUGAGGGUCCACCAUAAAAAUAUCGCAGAGCAAGACGAGGUCGACUUUUACGCCCUCGGCUUGAGUAUGGUGCUACAUCCCCAUAAUCCGAUGGCGCCGACUGUUCACUUGAACUAUCGAUACUUCGAGACGAUGCGGCCGGACGGAACUCCACAAGCUUGGUGGUUCGGCGGAGGAAGCGAUCUAACGCCAAGCUACUUGUUCGACGAGGAUGCGGUGCACUUCCAUAAGACGAUGAAAGACGCCUGCGACAAACAUAACAAGGACUAUUACCCCAAGUUUAAGAAAUGGUGCGACGAGUACUUUUCUAAUACGCACCGAGGUGAGUCUAGGGGUGUAGGUGGAAUCUUUUUUGAUGACCUAGAUGAGACCGUGGCCGACGCCGACAACAUAUUUGCAUUCAUUCAAGAUUGCCUGAAGAGCUUCUUGCCUUCUUACCUGCCAAUUAUCCAAAGGAGAAAAGAUAUGCCCUUUACCGAAAAGGAGAAGGAGUGGCAACAGGUGCGAAGAGGCAGGUAUGUCGAAUUCAACUUGGUCCAUGACCGCGGUACGGCGUUUGGCUUGAAUGUUCCCGGAUCAAGAGUCGAAAGUAUUCUGAUGAGUCUUCCCUUAACGGCGUCUUGGCGUUACAUGUACGAACCGGAGCCAAGGAGUCGAGAGCAGAGACUUCUCGAAGUUCUCCAGAACCCUAAGGAAUGGGUAUAAUGCUUUCUCGUUUAGAAGAUAAGGUUAUGUAUUAUACGGGAAAGGCGCAAGAAAGACUUAAGAAUAGGAGAUUUAUGAAGGGAUGGUGUAUAUAAAAAGAGAAACCUGCCGUAUAUAGGAUAGAGAUAUGUAAAAAGUCAUGACCAAAUCACGUUGUUUCGCUAUACGACUUGCACUCGAUCGCGUUUGUUAAACCAGCACGGAAAUUCCGAUGAAUUAGGAC